AUGCUGGACAAUGGGUAUGAUAGAGGGGAAAGUAGUAGUGCAGCUGUGAGGGACAAAUUAAUUUGGAAGGGUAUUUGGAAACUCAAAGUAAAGGGUAAGGUGCAACAUUUUCUUUGGAGCUGCUGUAACAACACUUUAGCAGUAGGAAGUAACCUUCUAAGUAGAGGCAUCCCUAUUGAUCCAAGGUGCAAGUUGUGUGGGGAGGAGUUGGAAUCUGAAGAACAUCUCUUCCUCCUUUGUCCAGCAGUGAAGCAUAUAUGGGAACUAGCCCCAGUGAAGUGGGAUGGCUUGGACGCUUAUACAUAUUCUUUUAAGGAAUGGUGUUUUCAUAUGAUGAAAGUGGGCAGUACUUGUGAAGGACAGAGAAGAAUCCAGUUUUCUGUAUUCUUGUUAUGGAAUAUAUGGAAAUGGAGAAAUAAUUGGCUGUUCAAUACUCAGUUUCUUUCACAAUGGGAGGUAGUCAAUAAGGCAAUGGAGGAAUGGUUGGAAUAUGAAGCUCACUGCCAGGUUCUUCCCAGUCAGAUUCAUCACACUAGAGUACAACAACAAUUGCAGUGGAGUAAACCAGCAGAGGGGGUGAUCAAAUUAAAUGUAAGUGCUUUAUUUCAACAGUAUACAGGUAUAACUGGAGUAGGUAUUGUCGCUAGAGAUUGUAGAGGCAGUCUUCUGCAAGUUUGGGCAGUCGCUAGGGAUCGUCUUCAAAAUCCAGUGGUGGCAACCUUAGAUGCAGUUCGAGUGGCUCUAAUUUUUGCACAAAUGAAUUUGUGGAAGAAUGUACAGGUGGAGUUAGAGGUUAAGAAUUUGGUGGACUGUCUUAAUGAUAAAAGGUGUCCGAUUAGGAGAAUUUAUUUUGGAGGGAAAUGCCCCUUGGAGCUGGAAGGAAAACUUCCCCCUUUGACUACUCGAGGCACUAGGAAAGUGAGUGCACGAGUGAAAAAGUCAAUAGGGACAGAAGGGAAGUCAACGGAGAAGACAAGCAACAACCACAGUAAACCAAAGUCAUUAAAAACCAACCCUACCCAUGCCAAGACCGAUAAACCACCGAUAAUUUACAAUACCCCUGGCCCAAUUAGUCACCCAUCUGCCCCCUCUGGCCCAAAUACAAAACCAUCAACAACAUUAAAGUCCAAUCUAGUCACCAAAAAGCCUAACCUUGUUACCAAAAUGCCCAACCCAGAACAAAAGCCUUACCUUGGCCCAACUGUAGUCCCAAGCCCAUCCUCCCUUAACCCAUCCAAACACUUCGCCAUAAAAAUCAAAACAAAACGUCCUUUAACCAGUAGCAGCGUUGAUGAUAAUCCUGCAAUUGGGAUAGAUGAGGUGACUGAUGAUAUAGCCAUGAUUGAAUAA